AUGAGAGAGCUCGUCAACAUUCCACUGGUACAUAUUCUCACUUUGGUUGCCUUCAGCGGGACUGAGAAACUUCCAAAAGCUCCUGUCAUCACCACUCCACUGGAAACAGUGGACGCCUUAGUUGAAGAAGUGGCUACAUUCAUGUGUGCAGUGGAAUCCUAUCCCCAGCCUGAAAUUUCCUGGACCAGAAAUAAAAUUCUCAUUAAGCUCUUUGAUACCCGGUACAGCAUCCGGGAGAAUGGGCAGCUCCUCACCAUCCUGAGUGUGGAAGACAGCGACGAUGGCAUCUACUGUUGCACGGCCAACAACGGCGUGGGGGGCGCUGCGGAGAGCUGCGGGGCUCUGCAAGUGAAGAUGAAACCGAAAAUAACCCGUCCUCCCAUAAAUGUAAAAAUAAUAGAAGGAUUAAAAGCAGUUCUACCAUGUACUACAAUGGGCAAUCCCAAACCAUCUGUGUCGUGGAUUAAGGGGGAAAGUGCUCUCAGGGAAAAUUCCCGCAUUGCAGUUCUUGAAUCUGGAAGUUUGAGGAUUCAUAAUGUGCAAAAGGAAGAUGCAGGACAUUAUCGAUGUGUGGCAAAAAACAGCCUCGGGACGGCAUAUUCCAAAUUGGUGAAGCUGGAAGUUGAGGAAGAAAGUGAACCUGAACAAGAUACUAAAGUUUUUGCCAGAAUCCUGCGGGCUCCUGAAUCCCACAACGUCACAUUUGGCUCCUUUGUGACCCUGCGCUGCACAGCAACAGGCAUCCCUGUCCCCACCAUCACCUGGAUUGAAAACGGAAAUGCCGUUUCCUCUGGGUCCAUUCAGGAAAGUGUGAAAGACCGUGUGAUUGACUCGAGACUGCAGCUGCUUAUCACUAAGCCAGGACUCUUCACAUGCAUAGCUACUAACAAGCACGGAGAGAAAUUUAGCACUGCAAAGGCUGCGGCCACCAUCAGCAUAGCAGAGUGGAGUAAGCUACAGAAAGAUAACAAAGGCUACUGCAGCCAGUACAGAGGGGAGGUGUGUAAUGCUGUCCUGGCCAGAGAUGCUCUUGUUUUCUUCAACAACUCCUACGCAGACCCUGAGGAGGCCCAGGAACUGCUGGUUCACACCGCCUGGAAUGAACUGAAAGCAGUGAGCCCAUUUUGCCGGCCAGCUGCUGAGGCUUUGCUGUGUAACCACAUCUUCCAAGAAUGCAACCCUGGAGUAAUACCUUCUCCUACACCCAUUUGCAGAGAAUAUUGCCUGGCAGUAAAGGAGCUCUUCUGUGCGAAAGAAUGGCUGGCAAUGGAAGAGAAGACUCACAGAGGGCUCUACAGAUCUGGCGUGCACCUGCUCCCAGUGCCAGAAUGCACCACGCUCCCCAGCAUGCACUGGGACCCCACGGCCUGCACCAGACUGCCAUAUUUAGCAUUCCCACCAAUGACGUCCUCAAAGCCGAGUGUGGACAUUCCAAAUCUGCCUUCCUCUUCUUCCUCCUCCUUCUCUGUCUCACCUACAUACUCCAUGACUGUAAUAAUCUCCAUCAUGUCCAGCAUUGCAAUAUUUGUGCUCCUUACUAUAACUACUCUUUAUUGCUGCCGAAGACGAAAACAAUGGAAAAAUAAGAAAAGAGAGUCAGCGGCAGUAACGCUCACAACGCUUCCUUCCGAGCUCUUACUAGACAGACUUCAUCCCAACCCCAUGUACCAGAGGAUGCCACUCCUUCUGAAUCCCAAACUGCUGAGCCUGGAGUACCCAAGGAAUAACAUUGAAUAUGUGAGAGAUAUUGGAGAAGGAGCAUUUGGAAGGGUCUUUCAAGCAAGGGCUCCAGGCUUACUUCCCUAUGAACCCUUCACAAUGGUGGCAGUGAAGAUGCUCAAAGAAGAAGCCUCAGCAGACAUGCAAGCCGACUUUCAGAGGGAGGCAGCCCUCAUGGCAGAAUUUGAUAACCCUAACAUUGUGAAACUCUUAGGCGUGUGCGCCGUCGGGAAGCCCAUGUGCCUGCUCUUUGAAUACAUGGCCUACGGCGACCUCAACGAGUUCCUCCGCAGCAUGUCCCCGCACCCCGUGUGCAGCCUCAGUCACAGCGACCUGUCCGGGAGGGCCCAGGCCGCCAGCCCGGCCCCGCCGCCGCUCUCCUGCGCCGAGCAGCUGUGCAUCGCCAGGCAGGUGGCCGCCGGCAUGGCUUACCUCUCGGAGCGCAAGUUCGUGCACCGGGACCUGGCCACCAGGAACUGCCUGGUGGGCGAGAACAUGGUGGUGAAAAUCGCCGACUUCGGCCUCUCCAGGAACAUCUACUCGGCGGACUACUACAAAGCUAACGAGAACGACGCCAUCCCCAUCCGCUGGAUGCCCCCCGAGUCCAUCUUCUACAACCGCUACACCACCGAGUCGGACGUGUGGGCCUACGGCGUGGUCCUGUGGGAGAUCUUCUCCUACGGCCUGCAGCCCUACUACGGCAUGGCCCACGAGGAGGUCAUCUACUACGUGCGCGACGGCCACAUCCUGUCCCGGCCCGAGGACUGCCCCCUGGAGCUGUACAACCUGAUGCGCCUGUGCUGGAGCAAGCUGCCCGCCGACAGGCCCAGCUUCCCCAGCAUCCACCGAAUCCUGCAGCGGAUGUGCGAGAGGGCGGACAGGACGGUGGGCGUCUGAGCGCGGGGACCCCGGGAUGCCCCGCGGGCGCGACUCAGAUUCUGGGAGCCUGAGGAAUCCGAGCCGCUUCCCUCCGCAGGAGGGCAGCACGGAGGACCGAGCCGCGCGAGGAACCGAUGGAUGGCGCCCCGCGCGAGGGGCGUGGCGGUCAGUUUCUCGCGAAGAGCGCAGUGCAGAGCUCCUCCCGCACAUAGGCCACCGCGCUUGGAAAGGCAGACUGGGACCUAUAUUACGGGUAAGAAGAGCAUCCUCUUGAGUUCCUGGCUCGGCUGGCAGCAGAGGGAAACUGCUGGAUUAUAUUUGAAUAUGAAAUGUGAUACAGAGCUUCACUUUAUUCAAUAGAGUUUACUCCUGUCCAUAUGGAAGUGGUGUAUCUUUCUGUAAGACAUUUCGGUAAAGCACCGAACACUAAGAAGAAAAAAAUCAUUCAUUGUCUCCCCACCCAAAGAUGAAGGGUGCUGGGGUUUUUGUUUUUUUUUUUUUUUUAAUUGAAUUUCUUUC